GUAAGGGUUUUGAUUAGGUUUUGCACCAAAUUAGCCGUCGAAAAGGGUGUUUCUUUGAUCUGGUUUCGAUGGCGGGAUUAGACAAAAACGCUGAUUUCUCUGGGAAGACGAAAUCGGCUACGACGUCUUCGUUUUUCAACAGGUCGCUUACGAUUCACGGGAGAACAGUGGUGGAUUCGAGCCCCAAAUCCCACAAUCUCAAUCCUUCUCUCAAUCGUACCACCUCCAUUACCAAAUUCUACACCCCUGUGGAAUCUAUGGGAAGUUCUCUUAAAGGCAAAGUCAAAAAUCUUUGUAGAUUAUUUGAGAGUUCCAAACCUGUUAAACCAGCCUCAGCUGAGAUUCCUCAAAAGCAGAAAUCCGGCAAAUCUCUUUUACCCGAAUCGCGGAUAUCGCCUUUUUCGAGCUUAAACAACUCGGUGAUCCGUCUUCCCGGGACAGAGGACAGGAUUGUGGUGUAUUUUACUAGCUUGAGAGGGAUUAGGCGGACAUAUGAGGAUUGUUAUGCUGUGAGAAUGAUAUUUAGAGGGUUUCGUGUUUGGAUAGAUGAGCGUGAUGUCUCCAUGGAUAUAGCUUACAGGAAAGAGUUGCAGAUUGCAAUGGGAGAGAAGAGUGUGUCUUUGCCUCAAGUUUUCAUUAUGGGAAAAUAUGUGGGUGGUGCUGAUGUGAUCAAGAGUUUGUUCGAGAUUGGCGAGCUCGCCAAGAUUCUUAAAGAGUUUCCUAUGAGACAACCAGGGUUUGUUUGCCAUUGCUGCGGGGACAUCAGAUUCGUUCCGUGUUCGAAUUGUAGUGGGAGCAAGAAACUGUUUGAUGAGGAUGAAGAUAGGCUCAAGAGAUGUCCGGACUGCAAUGAGAACGGAUUGAUACGUUGUCCUCAUUGCUCAUCUUGAGAGAUAUCAAUCAACCUGAAAAAAAAACCAUUUAAAAAAAGAAAAAAGAGGUAUUUAUUUCUCUUUUGAUGUUUCCAUUGUUGUGUAGAACAGUGAAUGAUGCUACAAGUAUCCGAAAAUCUCUUUUGGAUCAGCAGCAUUUCACUUUGGGUUUUUUAAGGUUUGCGAUCAACGGUAAUGGGAAUGCUGGUGAUCGUGGAUUUAGUUAUGUAUGUUUUGCUACUAAGGACUAAAUGUAAUUGUGUAAUCAAAAUGUCUGAAACGG